UUUCUUUUGUUUUCUUCCCAAACCAUCAUUUUUUGCUUCCUCACACGUUUUCUAUAACGCCAAAAAACAUUCCCAUAUAUUACACCUUCCUUUUUCACCAUAUUUGCUCUCUCUCUCUCUCUCUCUCUCUCUCUCUCUCUCUCUCUGGUUCAUCCUGUGACUGUGAUGAUAAAAAAGCUCUUGUCUUUUCAGUGAUGGGUUCUUGUUAUUCAGUCCACAAUAAUAAAACUAACAACAAAGACAUGAAACUCAAGCUUUCUUUUGCUUCCAAAACCGAGAACGUUGUGGCUCCUUCACCACCCACCUUAACUGACCAAGGAAGCAAGGAGGAAGCUUUUUUUGAUUCCAAGGCUUGGUUAGAUUCAGAUUGUGAAGAUGAUUUCUAUAGUGUCAAUGGUGAGUUUACACCGUCUCGCGGUACCACUCCGGUUCACCACGCUUUCAAUAAGAGUAGAGAUUCCGGUUCCACUGCCGAAUCAUCACCUGAAAAGAAAAAGAAAUUGUUAGAUCUUUUUCAAGAAAGCUUGAAACGUGAUCCAUCCAAGAAAGAUGCUAAACCAAUGAUACAAGAUGUUCUUCCCAAAUCUGCACAGAGUACACCUUACAACAUCUCAGGACUCAAUUCUGUGUGCAGCAGCGAAAGAGUCAUGAGCGAGGAUCGCAGGUCCUUCGGAGUGAAAUCGGCUAAGUAUGUGCAGAAGUGCCUUCCAAGCUUGUCUUCAUGCCACAGCUUUAGGGAGAGGAGGAGGAUGAGUCCUGCAAUAGCAGUAAAUGGAAAGCAUUGAUUUCUGUUGCAAUGGCGACGAUGGAUUAAAGCCUGUACGAAUCGCAAUAUGCCGGAAGGUUUCGCGGUUGAAUCGAAUUUCAAAGUGUACAUUUCAAGGUAUCCUUGUAAAGCAACACAAGGCAAGGUGAAUGUGAAAGCAUGUAAAAGAUUUUAUGUUAAUAUAUGCAAUGAAAUUUUUCCUUCUGAGGGUGAUUUUAUUUAAUUUUUCCUUGAUUUCAUAUCUUGAAUGCUUGAGAAAAAUUAUUCAUAAUAAAAUUGAAAUGGUUGGACGUCA